UAUACAUGUCUAUACCUGUAGCCUCCAACCAGUGCUCUAUACACCCCUCCUUCCUUCAGUUUCCACAGACACCUGAGUCCCACUCAGCUGAACAACAGUAUCGUAUGACUCUGUUUUUCAAUAACUGUAUUUAUGAGUAGAGCUGACGCAGUUUUACAGUUUCAUUCACUCGCGGAUUUUCAUUCAUCACUUCAUUGCAAUGGACUGUGUUGUGUUGCUGCUGGUGUGUGUUGCUCCGGUGGUCCAGGGCUAUGGCUCAGGUCUAGUAACAGACAGCUGUCAAGACAUGCGACCCCACCAUUCUGGGCUGAGCCCACAGACAAAAGCUCCAGCCUUCACCGUCACUACCGACCGCAGCAGCUACAGCCUCAGAGAGCAGGUGAAAGUUCUGCUCCAGGCUCCAGCCUCCACACCAUUCAUUGGUUUCUUGUUGGAGGCUAGAGAGGUGGGGGGCCAGUCUCCUGUGGGCACCUUCACUGAGACAUCAGGGAAUGCUCAGCAACUCACCUGCAGCCAGAAACCUAACUCAGCUGUAUCCCACAGAUCAAGUUCUAGUAAGACCUCCGUUCAGGUGACAUGGACAUCAGAAGCGACAGCAAACUCAAAACCAAUUCAGUUCCAUGCAUCCUUCGUGCAGGAUUUCAAGACCUUCUGGGUUGAUGUUACAAGUCCUGCCCUGACCUUCAUUAAUACCGGAACUGGUGGAAGUCCCCCCAUUACACCAACAAUAACCGGUUCCACGACUACGCCAACAACAUCAUCUAAAAUACAACAACCUGAUAAAGGUAUCUCCAGUGCAGACUGCGGUGUCACCAAGAUGUGUUUCAGUCAGCCUUCAAACUGUGACCCUGCUGUCAGUGCUGACUGUUAUUUCAUGUCAGCCAAGAUGUUGUCUCCCAGUUAUUCAGCCGUUCGCUAUGAGAUGACUGGUCCUUCUGAUGGGUACAUCGCUUUUGGAUUCUCAGAUGAUCAGAUGAUGGGAAACGAUGACAUUUAUAUUUGUGGCAUAGGCAGUAAUGGCCUGGUGGGGUUGCAGCAUGCCUUUUCAACAGGACGAACAACUCCACAACUUCUUCCUCUGGGGAAUGUUUCUAAUGUAAGCGCAUCAGUGUUGAACAAAGUUAUCAGCUGCUCCUUCACUUCCAUGAACACUUUGUCUACUCAGAGGACUACUGGCUUCAACCAAAGCUACUAUCUCAUGUUUGUCCAUGGACCCAGCAGCAAUGGACAAAUCCAGAUCCAUACAGAUACCUUCAUCAGCCCUGACAAGGUUGACAUUUCCAGACCUCAGCUUGUUGGAAAGGAUGGAUGUCCUGAUAUCCUCAAAGCACAUGGAUCACUGAUGCUGAUAGCCUGGAUGACCACAGGAUCAUUGGGAAUGUUGGUUGCUCGGUAUCUGAAAGGAAUGGCCAAAGGACAGAACCUGUGCGGGAAAGAUGUCUGGUUUCUGGUCCAUGUUGCAGUGAUGAGUGUAACGGUAUCUGCCACAAUUGUUGCCUUCAUCCUCCCCUUCUCAUACGCCAAGGACUGGUCUGGGGGAGCCCAUCCUGUUUUAGGCUGCCUGGUUGUGAUCCUCAUGUUCCUCCAGCUCCUACUGGCUCUGCUUCGCUGUGGACCUCAACAUCCACAGAGGUUUCUAUUCAACUGGUCACAUGCUUUAAAUGGACUGGCAAUAAAAGCUUUAUCUGUGGCGGCCAUAUUAACUGGCCUGAAGUUAAUCGACAGCACUCUGGACCAAUGGCUGACGAAAGUGAUGGGUGGCUGUGUUGGCUGGGAGGUGUUGUUCUUUAUCCUGUUUGAGGUCCAUGGGAGAUGGAAGGUUAACAGUACCGAUACUUUGGAACCAAAAAGGAUAACAGUUGAUGUCCUAUUGAUGGUUCUGUUCUUCCUGGGAAACUUGACCUUUGUUGUGGCACUGUUGGUUGGAAUUGGGACAGCAUAAGAAGAGAAUGAAGAAUGAUGGAGGAAAAACAACCUGCCAAAGCAUUUCUAUUAUUAUAGACCAUGAAUUUGCCAAACUGAUGCAUCGAUUUAAAUUUUUUUUUAUUGAAGUGCUUUAACAUUUUCAUUAACUAUCUAAUUUGUAAGAUUUAAAUGUAGAUGUGAAUAGUUGUACUCUGUAAACAUGUUAGUUAACUCACAACUAAUAUGAAGGUUAUGUAAACAUGCGUAUGCUUAUAAAUAUGUAAGUAGAUAAUCUCAGAUGAUAUGCAACAUCUCUACUAUAAUUUUAAGUUAUAGUAUAAAGUUAUUAUACUCACCACUUAUUGUUAAGUAAUGUUGUUUCUUGUAUUUUGAUUUAGUCCCUACUGACCUGGGGCCUUAUAUAUAAAUGUUGUGUAUGUACUAAAAAGUUGCGUACUCUGGUUUUCAUGCACAUGUGGUGGCUGUCUGCAAACUCUGGACCAGCCAUGAGCAUGUGUGGGCCAUCCCGCAAACUCUUGUCUUGCUCUGUCAGUUGGCCACGUGCUUAUGGAAUAGUGAUGGCUCAUAGGCACAAAUAACACUGCUGGUUCACUAGACGCUUAUUUCUUGAAGUUUCUCCCCUCUAAAUGGAAAAGCUGUCAACCCUUUUCUUCUCUGAACGACAUACACCAAUAAUUAAAUGAGAAGCAUCACAAUUGGAUGGAAAUGAAGAAUAAAAUUAUUUGACAUGA